GACGAUGGUAGGCGCGGCGGAGCAGCGCACGCGGCUGCUGCAGGCGACGGCGCGGCUGGCAGAGUCGUCGGAGCGCGUGGCGGAGAGCCGGCGCAGCAUGGUGCAGACGGAGCAGCUGGGCGUGUCCAUCCUCCACGACCUGCACCAGCAGCGCCAGUCGCUGCUCCGGGCCGGCGACACGCUGGAGGACGUGGACCAGCAGAUGAGUCGCAGCCGGCGUGUGCUGGCGGGCAUGGCGUACAAGCUGCACCGCAACAAGUGGAUCACGGCGCUCAUCCUCACGGCUCUGCUGCUCGCCAUCGCCGCCAUCAUCUACCUCCGCCUGCACCACUAGCGGCUCUGCUGUGGGAGCGGCCUUGGGAACGCGCGCAUGGAAUCCUCGUUGUGCACUUGUUGCUUCCCUCUAUGCUUGGACUUGCCGCAUCAUCAUUAUCUAGCAGAGUACUACUACAACCGUAUUCUACCUAUCGCUACAAAAUAGCUUUUUUUUUGCUCGACUGCUACUCUCUCAGAACGUUGUGGUCCUAUUGUUGAACAGUGGUUGGAUGGCUGCGGCAUUGUUGCUAUUUCA